ACAAGAUGUAGUUAAUCAUCAGCCCCUUUCCUUUUAAACUUAAAAGGACACAGUUCUGAAAUCACUCAAGAAGGGAAGAGUGUAAGGCCUUCAAGUUACCCUCAGAUGCUCACUAAAAACACCAAAAGAAAACUGAAAACAUGGAGAGAGACCAAGGUAAUCAGGCUAAAGCAGCAAAUACAAAUGAAAAAAAGAUCCAGCUUGAAAAGACAAUUGGCUAUUUAGAAGGAGUUAGCUUCAUAGUAGGCACAAUUAUAGGUGCAGGGAUUUUUGUCUCCCCAACUGGGGUGCUCAAAUAUUCCUUGCUCAACGUUGGUGUGGCUUUAGUAAUCUGGGCUGCUUGUGGCAUUGUGUCUCUGAUGGGUGCUCUCUGUUACGCAGAGCUAAUCACAGCAUUGCCACUUUCAGGAGGGGAAUACAGCCACAUAAAAAGAGCCCUUGGCUCUCCAUUGGCUUUUAUCUUCUUAUGGACAGCAAUGUUCAACAGACCAGCCUCAAAUGCUGCUCGAGCCUUGUUGUUUGCUGAAUAUGCCGUUCAGCCUUUCUAUGGAGAGUGCCCAGCUCCUGAGAUGGUAAAGAAAUGUUUGGCACUGGCUGUUCUCUGGUUCCUUGGGGUUCUCAAUGGUCGAAGUGUCAAGAUGGCUGCUUGGGUGCAGACUGUUUUCACCUUUCUCAAGAUGAUGGCUCUCUCCAUCAUUGCAAUCGGGGGAGUAGUUCUGUUGAUCAGAGGAAAGAAAAAGAACACAGCCAGAUUUGAGAAUGCUUUCAGUUCAGAGAUUCCAGAUGCUGUGCAGAUCUCAGAAGCAUUUUUCCAAGGGUUGUAUGCAUAUGGUGGCUGGUGGUCACUCGGCUACUUGGCAGAGGAGGUUAAAAACCCCAGCAGAAACAUUCUUUGGACUGUGAUAACUGCACUUCCUUUAGUCAUCAUUUUCUAUUUGCUGGUAAACAUUUCAUAUCUGACAGUUUUGACGCCAAAGGAAAUUGUUUCCUCAGUUGUUGUAGCAGUCACGUGGGCUGAGAGAGUGAUCCCUUCAUUUGCUUGGAUAAUUCCUGUAUCUGUGGCUGUUUCUAUAUUUGGUGCCCUCAACGGCAGCAUGUUCACCCUUGGACGGUUGAGCUACGCUGCAAGUCAAUCUGGACACUUACCUAUCAUAGUAUCCAUGCUUAAUGUCCACCGUUUUACUCCAGCACCAGCCAUGAUUUUGUCCACCAUUAUUGCAACUACCUUUCUCAUUUCAUCAGAUCUAACUGCUUUAAUGAAUUAUUUUGGAUUCUCCAUUUGGCUCAUGACUGGACUAACGUGCGCUAGCCUCAUUGUCCUCCGAUAUCGAGAGCCUAAUCUACACAGGCCAUACAAGGUUUGUUUACCAGUUGCCUUUGGAAUGGUGGCCAUUUCCUUGUUCUUAGUUUUGGUUCCUGUAAUUUGGUCCCCGAAAGUGCAAAAUCCAACUGACAUAAAGUGAAGAAUCACAUUUAUCUGUAAAUAAAUAAGAAAAUGUGCUGUUUUACCUAGAAGUUCACCUGUAAUUAUGAAGCUAUUCCACAAAGAAUAUAUAAUCAUAUAUAAAAUUCUCUCAACAUAUUACAUAUGUAUUUAUUUGAACACUCCAUCAUGCAGCCCAAAGCAGCAGUUACAGUGCUGAAGAUCUGAAGAGUUUCAUCUGCCCUGAUGAAAACCGUGUACCUACAUGGUCCUACAGAAGAAAAAGUGGUGUUUUAAGAUACUGGAGUAAGUUAACAUCAAGUCUUCUUGUCUUUGAUAAAAACUGAAAACAUGCGCUGGGCAUAUUGUUAGGUUUAUAUUCAGCUUCUUCUCCAAGAGCUCCAGGUGGUUUACGUAAGAAUCUCCCUUUAUGCAGGUGAUCCUGACAGAGCGGGGUUGAAAUUAUAUGACAACAGUUUUUUAUUGUGGAAUAUGAGCUUUCUUUUAUCUGUAGUCUUUGUAGCUGCUUAUCUUUAUUUUUGUUCAGGAUGUGGACUUGUCCUCCUCCCUCCAGCAGCCAUACUUUCUAUUGUCAGUGCUUUGGGGAUGGAGCACCAUGAGUAUACUGCCCUAUAUGCAUAGAAGUACUUCCUUCAAGGGCUGGCAUGCAUACAGAACAGU